AAAAAGUUUGCAAAACUGUUGGCAAAACUCAACAUUCAGUGACUGUUUGUGUCAUCAAAUCACCGCUAAAUCUGUUUUAAUCUUCAUUUUAACCAUUAAUCCGAUCCGUAAGACAAUCCGCAAGACAUGUGCGACGACACGGACUCAUCGAUGGCUGAAUGGCUCGACUUAAGCGCCGAAGACAUUCGUUUUGCGGACGAUUACUGCGGCGAAGAGGACGGCAUCUUCUGGGGCGCCAUCACUGACACUGAGCGCCAGUAUGUGGACAAAUGGCUACAACAGUUCGGCGCCGAUCGCGUGCUUACCGCCGAUGACGAGUCGCUGGACAUGACAUCACCGACUGGUCACAUGUCGGGCGACAACUACUCGCUCUUUGUGUCAUCCAUGGGCUCGCAGUCGAUGAGCGCCGGCAGUCAGACAGCCCUUACGCCCCGCAAAGAACUACCACUGGAUCUGUUAGUUGCUAUCACUUCUGGUGGUGUGCAGCGAGAGUUGAUCACCGAUGCGACCGAUGAUUAUCACCACUCGGACCCCUUCAACGACUUCUCGAUGAUCUCGACCAGCGAUCCCUACCUGUUGUCCACCGCGAGCGCUGGUCACGUGUCGAUCAAUGAUUACUCGCUGUUUGUGUCGCCAAAUGGUAGCCAAUCAGCGGCUGGAAGUGUUGGGACUCCGAGUAAAGGUGUGGACUUGACUUCAGCCUAUGUCUCAGCGAUGGCCACCCAGUCGUUCGCACCCAAUGUGUCCGCCAUUUAUGCCAAUGAAGUCGAUGUCAUGAAUGCCACGGAUGUCUCGCAAGUGAUUCCGCAGUCAUUCUUCGAUAGCGUUUCUCAGACACCGAUCAAAGAAGUGGAUGCGAUGGCCGACAGUAUCACAGCGAUGGCCUCGAAGUGCGUUUCUGAUAGUCCUCUGCAAGAAGUGGACACAACUGUUGACAACAUCUCAUACAUGGCGUCGCAAACCAUAGCUCCCAUUAGAGGCGAUAUGACGGCUGAUGAGGAGGACAUGGAGGUCGUGAUGGGCGCCAAGAAUGACAUUUCCUUCAGAGCUAAUACUUCCGUGAAGUUUAACACUUCCGUUCGGGUCAGACAUACGAGCGAAGGGAUGGCGCCGAUAGAUAUGGAAAUGCCUAUCAAAUGCGACGAUUCCAGUGAUGACAACAACACUCCAGUCGUGAAGACCUACUCAAGACAGACAUCACUCAAGAGCGGGACUCCAGUAAUCAAUGAGACCAUCGAUGACAGCGUUUUCAGUACUUCAGCACUAUUUAAGAGUCGUGUGGACAGCUAUGAUAACACCACACCUCUGAGAGACAGCAGCCGUUCCCAUGGACUCGAGACACCCCUUCAGGCCAUUGUAGAGGACAGGGAUGAGUUAGAAAUGGCUGACAAAGUGGUGGAAUUGGACGCUAAGGACCUGUUGUCGCCCUUCGAUAUCAACAAAACGAUGGGAAACGGGGCGCUCGAAGUGGACGUUCCCAUCACUCAGUCGCUGAUUGGUCUGACGGGUGACACCACUGGCCGUCCAUUAACUCAGUCGACGCCGCGAUUUGUGUCGAAAAUACCCAAACCUAAGGCCACAUACAAUCACGUGGCGACCCCUCGAUACUCGACCGCCAGAGACUCGUUCGCUAAGCCGUUGAGUGUCCACAAGACUAGCCGCCAGUCAUCGCAGUUGGGGGUCAGUAGUGACGGCACAGAUGGUGGCGCCGCUGAAGAGCUGUCCGCGAGUUCAUUGACUGGCCGUACGUCGCGCUCGCGAAAGGACUACUCAUUGGGUUUGCAGUCGAUUGUCGAGAGUCCGAUCUCUGCCAUGGAAUCCGCGACUCGUGAGGAAUCGCUUGCGAAGACUACGACCACUCCGUUAAGAGCGAACACUUCCGUGAAGUUUAGCGCUUCCGUGCGGGUGAGGACUGCCAGCGAAGGCAUGGCAUCUAUGGAUAAGGAGACGCCGAUUAAGAGCGACGAUUCGGCGAAGAUUUUCAACGCUUCCAUUGCCAAUAGAGUGCAGACACCGUUCAAAGACAUGACUCCUCUCAUCAAUCGCACGCUCGAAGACAUCGCUUCCAACGCAUCCGUUCUGAACAAGACUCUCGGCGUUGACGACGACACUCCACUCAAAAACAACAAUCGUUGGCUGAGAAUCGAGACACCGGUGAAGGAGGACAUGGAAGCGAUGGAAGUGACAGAGAAUAUGGUUGAAGUGGUUGCUGAGGACCUGUUGUCGCCCUUCGGACUCAACAAAUCGGUGGGAAAGGCGUUCGGAAAGGCAGUACCGGUCACUAUGUCGCUCGUGGACAUCAACACAGCCACUGUUGAACCGGUAAGACAGUUGACGCCGCGUUUCACUAAACCUGUGGCCAGAGUCUCGAGUCCCGGACGCCGGCCCUCAGCAGCCAACAGAUCCAGUGGUUAUCCAUUAGCCCGUAAGAGCCCACGACUGUCCACUAUUAUGACUAGUAAUACCAGUGCUAAUGAAUCGACCCUUGAUUUCAUACUCAAUGAAAUCCAAUGCAAUGAUAGCGACGAUAACAGCGAGUCUUUUCUCUUGAAUGACAAACAGUUG